GAGCCGCUGCCGAAGCAGAGGGGGAGAGAAAGGAAACAGGGAGUGUGAAAGGGAAGCAAUUGAUAGGGAAGAGGAAAGUAACAGACCUCGAAUUCAGGAACAGAAUGUUGUGAUUGGAUUUGGGAGACUUUAGUUGAUUCUGGCCCCGUGCGUAGUUACUCGGAAGUAAAUGCAUUGAGUUCAGUGGGGCUUAUUUCCAAAUCAUAAGGCACUCGGUCAUAAGGCUCUGAUGUCCUUGGUGGGGCAGCCAUUUUCAGUCUUGUAUACCUCACAGGGUAAAUAUUAUAAGGGUAUGUAGUCUCAGAUAUUUAUUUUUUAUUACAUUUUUAUUCUAACCUUCUCCUAAAGAGCUGAGGGCAGCAAGUAUAACCCCCUCACAACAGCCCUGUGAGUUAGGUUAGGCUGAUGGUGGCUACCCCAAGAUCAUUCAGUUAACUUUGUGGCCGAGUAGGAAUUUGAAUGUGUGUUUUCUCGCAUCUUAAGUCUAGCACUCUAGUCACUCACAAGAUAUUGCCUCUUACUAUAGGAAAUGAGGUGGAGAAUUAAUAUUACUGCUGCUAAUAAAUAAAUAAUAAAAUAGCUUUCAUUUCCUCCAUUCUCAAAUAUGAAUAUGGAAAAGAGGCACCCCAUAUUCUGUCCAAGUAAUCCCUCUGUGGGUUAGAAUCAAACUAAAGUAGCAUUUAUGGAGCCUGAUAAAUCUCAUAAAUUGUACAAGUCAGUGACUCUGAUGAAGCCCAUAUUCCUAGAACAUCCUUUCCCUUUAUGAGGUGGCACAGAAUGUGGUGAUGCCAUGGAUGAUAUAGCCCUGGCAUGACAUAAAUGUGCAUCACUUUGUGGGUAUUCAGAUGAUUCCUGCUGCAGUGGACAAAGUGACUGCACAGGCCUAGAGCAUAAAAGGGUCUUCAGAUGACAGGCGAGUUCUUGGACCAUCCCUAAUCUUUGGAGGAAGCAAGAGGGCCUGCCCACUAGCUUGUCAUGUGAUGACUCCCUCCGAGCUGAAGUUCUAGCCAAAGAGAUGGGGUUGUUGUGGCUGUGUGUUUUUGUGGUGUUGUUGCAGGGCCUGCAACUCCAGGCCACCUCAGCAGCCCGCUACUUCAGCAUUGAUUAUGCGAAUAACUGCUUCCUCAAGGAUGGUGUUAAAUUUCGCUAUAUCUCAGGCAGCAUCCAUUACUUUCGUGUCCCACCUGUCUAUUGGAAGGAUCGGCUUCACAAGAUGUACAUGAGUGGCCUCAAUGCUGUGCAAAUCUACGUGCCCUGGAAUUACCAUGAGCCACUGCCUGGUAUCUACAACUUUACUGGUGACAGAGACUUGGAAGGAUUCCUAGACUUGGUGGCCCAGUUAGGCCUGUUGGUGAUCUUACGACCUGGACCCUACAUCUGUGCUGAGUGGGAGAUGGGUGGCCUUCCAUCCUGGCUGUUGGCAAAGCCAGAUAUUAUCCUGCGCACAACUGACCCAGAUUUCCUGAAAGCUGUGGACAAAUGGUUGGAUGUUCUGCUGCCCAAGAUCAAGCCCCAUCUGUACCACAAUGGAGGCAACAUCAUCAGUGUCCAGCUGUUCCCCAGGCAGGUAGAAAAUGAAUAUGGGAGCUACUAUGCCUGUGACUAUAACUAUCUGCGCCACCUACUGAGUGUCUUUCGUGCCUAUCUGGGUAAAGAAGUUCUGCUCUUCACCACUGAUGGCACCUCAGAAUCUGAGCUCCGUUGUGGGACAUUACAGGGCCUAUACGCCACUGUGGACUUUGGACCAGAGGAAAACGUGACAGAAGCAUUUCAGCAGCAGCGACUGUAUGAGUCGAAGGGACCACUGGUGAAUUCUGAGUACUACACAGGCUGGCUGGAUUACUGGGGUGAGCCACACUCUACAAAAAGGACUAAAGAUGUGGCUCAGGGCCUACAGAAGAUGCUAGAAUUGGGAGCCAACGUCAACAUGUAUAUGUUCCAAGGUGGCACCAACUUUGGUUACUGGAGUGGUGCUGAUUACAAGGACCGUUUCAAACCCAUCACUACUAGCUAUGACUAUGAUGCACCACUCUCAGAGGCUGGAGACCCUACUGACAAGCUGUAUGCCAUCCGUACAGUCAUUGGCAAGUUUCAGAAGCUGCCCUCGGGGCCAAUGCCACCCCCUACCCCGAAGUUUGCAUAUGGCUAUGUAUCCUUAUCCCAGCGAGUGGCCCUACUGGAUGUUCUUGCCAUUCUUUCACCUUCCUUGCCGUUCUAUUCCUCCUAUCCUCUCACCUUUGAAGCUCUGAAGCAGACCCAUGGCUUCAUGCUCUACCGGACCCUUUUGCCACAGGACAUUGUGGUCUCUGCCUGGCUCAGUGCCCCUAAGAAUGGUGUUCAUGAUUUUGCCUACAUUCUGCUCAAUGGAGAGUACAAGGGAACACUGGAGAGAGACAGAGUGAAUGGGAUCAAUAUAUCUGGCCAGCUGGGGGACACACUGGACUUGGUGGUGGAGAACAUGGGUCGCAUCAACUUUGGAGCUAACAACAGUGACUUUAAGGGUCUGAUCCACAAUAUCACACUGGGUACCACCAUACUCAGUGACUGGCUCAUCUAUCCCCUGGACAUAGACUCAGUUGUGGCCCGUGCAUGGCCCCCAACUGCCCCAUCAAGCAGUGGGAACACAGGACCUGCUUUCUAUACAGGAGUAUUUACAACACCUGGUAUCAGCCAGGACUCCUACUUGAAGCUCCCAGGCUGGACGAAGGGCCAGCUCUGGAUCAAUGGUUUUAACUUGGGCCGGUUCUGGCCAGCUCGUGGACCCCAGCAAACUCUCUUUGUGCCUGGUUCACUCCUCAGUGGUUCGGCCCUCAACACUGUUGUCAUUCUGGAACUGCAGGAAGCUCCAGGGAAGCCCAAAGUGCUUUUUGUUGACCGACCCCUUCUCAGCGGCACCUACAACUCCACCCACAGAGACAUGGAGUAACAGGAACUACUAUUCAGCUAUGAAGUUGCGGGAUCUGCGCAUGUGGCUCCAAGGGGAAGUAAAGAGAAAGUUUUACCCUGAAACCACCAAACAGAGGACACUGUAAAAUGAAAGCUCUGUGCCUUCUUAAGAGUGGCCCAGGCCAACAGUGGUUACUAGAAACAGAAUUUAGGUACUUGGAUCCUUCACAGCUGCUUUUGUACAGGAUACUCGCCAUGUAAAGAAUCUUGGUGCCUUAACAUGUUAUUGUAGGUACUGGCCCCUGAAUUAAAUAUUCAUACACCUAC